AUGAAUGGAAAUACAAAGAAACUUCCUCUAGGAUCAAAACCAAAAAAUCAAUAUUUUAGCAACAGCAGAAGAGUUGCACUGGACGAUGAUUCAGACGAUGAGGACACUGAACAAGUGGAAUUGGUACAUGGAUUUGAAAACAACAAAGCCAAAGAAGUUAAUCCUAAAAAAGAAGCGAAACCUUUAUCUAUAGCACCAUUGGCAAAUGCGGACUGGAGAGCAUUAGCAAAGCAAAAAAGAGAAUUGUAUAUGCCUGUGCGGGCACAGGAUCAAACUCCAACAAGUCAAGAACCUGAAGUGAUAUCACAGACAGUAUCUUCUUUUGGCCUACAAGUACCAACAAGAACAACUCUAACAGCAAGAGAACAGCAAGAUAUUACCACUACCACUACUACAGCAACAGCAACGACGACGAUGUCUAGUUCACAAGCCAUUGAAACCUCGGUCACCAAUGUAGAUGGAAAAGAUUCUUUCAAAUCAUUAGAACAACAAGCCAUAGAAGCCAUUAUCAAAGAAUCUACUGAAGAUGACAAUGAUGAUCAAACUGGUCCAGCUCUUGUAAUUCCAGCCAAUGAAACUGAGUCUUUCCGUAAUGAUGUACGAAAUCGACCUGAUGAAACAACCAUGGAAGAUUAUGAAAAUAUGCCUGUAGAAGAAUUUGGAGCUGCUCUUUUACGUGGACUUGGAUGGAAUCAAGGUGAAGGUAUUGGACGAAAUAGAAAAAAUAUAACACCUCCCGUAAUGACACCUAUCAAACAACGAGAUGCUCUUUUGGGAUUAGGUGCUAAACCUCAAGAAGUUAGUGAUGACAAAGACAAGAAAUCACAUCAUAAGAAGGCUGGGUAUGAAUACAAGGAAUCAAGUUUAUUCAAGAAAAUUUCAAAACGACGAAUGGAUGAACAAGCAGAUGAUAGUGAUCAUAGACGACAACGUGAAUCAUCAAGUCAUAGGGAACGAAGCAGAUCAUCUUCAUCUUCACGACAUGAUCGCCAUAGUCGUCGACAAAGAAGAUCAAGAAGUCGAUCGUCAUCACCUCGGCGACGUAGCACUAGUAGUAGUAGUAGUAGGAAUAGUAGUACCAGUAGAUCAUCUUCCAAACGUUACAGUGAUCGAUCGCGUGAUUAUUAG